CGCUCACUCGGCUUUCCUCCUCUGCUCCACCCCCCUCAACUAUUUCGAGCUAAGCAGGAGCCCAGCGGCUCCAGUUCCAGAUCCCUGGAGCUUUGACAACCUCUUCCGAUCUUUUUUUCUCACCUUCCAAGGAGCCCUUAGACCUUCCGACAUGGCUUGCCCCAUCUUUCUGGAAGGGGAAAACUGUAAGCCUUCUUGGAAGGAAGCCACGGCGGGUUACAAUCCAGCCGACACUCACUUGGAAAUCAUGGGGAAGCCAGUGAUGGAGCGGUGGGAAACCCCCUACAUGCAUGCCUUGGCCAGCGUGGCUGCUUCACAAGGCUGCAGCCCAUUAUCGGACAGCGGACUAUUUGCAACCUGUCCAUGGGCUGCUACGCAUGCACACGUGCACAGCUUGAUAGUAAUAGUUGAUAGCAAUACUGGUGAAUUGAUGUGCACGGACAUGUCUGUUGUCCCCUUGAAAGGGCUGUGGGAAGAUGUCGCACCAACCUUGCCGGAUGGACAUUUUAAUGGGAUUCUCUACGACACGUACCCCUUGUCGGAAGACACCUGGCACACCCAUCAGUUUGACUUCAUCAAGGCUCACGCCCAUCGCCUCCUGAAGCCAGGUGGGGUCUUCACCUAUUGCAACUUGACUUCCUGGGGGGACCUAAUGAAGAGCAAGUAUUCGGACAUUGAAAAGAUGUUUCAGGAAACACAAAUUACUCACUUGAUGGAGGCCGGUUUUGAGACCAAGAAUAUCCACACUACCCUUAUGGACCUGAUUCCUCCAGCUGACUGCAGAUACUAUGCCUUCCCCAAGAUGAUCGUGCCUGCCAUCUUCAAAUAGAUCUCCCAGGGAGGAAGAUCUCUCAGGAUCAAAAAAAGGGAUCGGUGUGUUGGCAAGACACACCAGCAGUCACAUGAAAUGUUGUUCUCUCAUGGCAGAUGGGAGAGGUGAAAACUAAUGUGUGGAAGAGAGCCACUUUAGAGUUUUCCCUUGCUAAGAAUUUAUUUUAACCAG